AUGUCUCAAGCAUCUUGUAUAAAGUAUAAAAAUCCUGCACAAAAUAAUUAUUACUCGGGUGGAGUUUUAACUUAUGUUUAUAGGUGGAAAAUAACAAAAUGGAGUGAUGUUAGACCUUUUAUGGAACAUACUAGUCCUCCUUUUAAUGCUGAUAAUUUACAAUGGGUAUUUAAGUUUUAUAAAGGUCGUCAAAAGAAUCCAUUGGCGUUAUCGUUAUAUUUAGGCAUUCUAGAAACUUCUCCAGGCUGUCUUCGUGGUAUUCGUAAGAAAGUCAGUAUUAUUUUUGUAUUAGAAAACUUAAGAACUAGGGGAAUGGAUUUUGGAAAAAUGGAACUUCCUGUUUGGUUUUGUGAUAAACAUUCUACGUGGGGCGAAGAAAAUCUCAUGUCAUUGGAUGAAAUGGAUAGGUAUUUAAUAUUCGAUUUGAUAUUUUUUUAUCCUUUGGCCUUUCAACACUCAAUAAUUGACAUGCCACCACAAAUUUCAAAUUCAUUUAAUCAAUUUAUCAACUCGUCAGAAUUUUCUGAUAUUACUUUUCAUGUAUAUGAUGAAUUUUCACGAGAAAAACUUUUCUAUGCUCACAAAGUAAUCCUUGCCAACUCAUCACCGGUAUUUAAUGCAAUGUUAACAAAUGGAAUGAAAGAAACAUUCGAAGAUAAAAUCAAACUUCAUCAAACAAAUCAUUCGGCUUUCCUUACUUUAUUAAAUAUUAUUUACACGUCAAAGUUUAAGAUCAACUCAUCAUAUGAGGCUGAACAUUUACUUGUUUUGGCUGAUAGGUUUGCUAUUGCGCCUGUUAGAGAAGAAUGUCUAAGAUAUUUUCGAUUGGAAUUGAAUCUUGAUAAUGUUUGGGGAAUUUGGGCUAUUGCUGAGAAAUAUUCAUGUGCAAAAACUUCAGCUACAUGUAAAGAUUAUGUUGCCUUGUAUCUUGAUGCACUUUUGGAAAAAGAAUCUACCUUACAUGCUAAUCCAAAUAUAUUAUGUCUCGCACUUGAAAAUGAUGAAGCUAAUGUUGGUUCUGAAGAGAAGAUAUAUGAAUUAGUAGUUAAAUGGGUAACAUAUUCACCAUCAAAGAAUUCAACAAAGGUGAUAAAAACAACCUUAGAAUCUCCACCAUCCUUAUCCAAUAAUAAUAAUGAUAGUAAUGAAGAUAGUUCGACAAAUUCACAAGUUGAACCAAGUAGUAGUCAAACAAUUAAAAAUCAACCAAUCAAAUUAUUUAUGCCAUCAGAAUUACCAGAAAUUAUUGAAGGCGAUAGACUUGCCGCAUUACCUCUGUUGCUUAAAUAUAUAAGAUUUCCAUUAAUGAAUAAACGUUAUAUUCUUGAAAAGGUCGAAGGAAAUCUUACUAUAAUGGCAGCUGAGGGAAUGAAAGACUUGGUUAUUGAAGCUUAUCGAUUUUUAUUAAUGUCCGAGUUACUUGUCAAUCAUUCUACUAAUAGAACCAAACAUCGUAAAAGAAAAACAAGAGUUAUUGAUCGAUAG